CUGUCACGUGGUCCAGUUAGCUUCCUGUUUACCGCCUGUCGUACUUUGAGACUUGUACACACAUUGCAACACAAGUCUUCACUACAGCUCGACAACAACAUAAGUAUUAUUAAGAUCCUGCAUGCACGGCAUUUACUUCUGUUUAACUGUAAUCUGUUUCCUGUCAUGAUAGUGGUUACCAGGGAGAUAUGAAGACGUGACAUUUAAGGGAACGUGAGCAGGCCGGGAAGGAUCCUGGAGAUUUCCUGACUGUAGCUGGCUGGAGUUUGGUUACCUGGUGCGGAGAGCCGGCUGCUACUUCACCUCAUGUCAGAACGGCAAACAAAACAGUGGUAAUGUGGUGGAGGACUACAAAGGCCUGAAACUGUGUCAGAUUAGUUUUCGAGGGUUUGGGGUUAGUGGAAACGUUCAGCCUACGCCUGGGAAGCUAAACUAAUACACUUGCAGCAGCAGCCGUGCUGUGUGUGGCUGGCUGAAGGCUUCUGUUUUGAGAGUGGAGCAGCUUGCCGGUGCCCUGAAUUCAGGAAGACUCCCCGGCUCGGGCCCCCUCAAGCGGGCAGUCAGGAAGAAGCUGGCUGGGAAGGGAUGGCCUGGUCGGUCUUCCCGAUCCAAAGGACAAGGCUCUGCGGUGUUUGAAGGAGGUCGAGUUCGGCUAGAGGCCACCGCCGCGGGUCGACGCGCCAUGAUGGCCGCCUCUUCCUCCUCCGCGGCCGGCGGCUUCACGGCGUCCGGGCUGUCGGUCAGAAAGAGCGAGGAAAUAGCGGAUUUGAUAGAUUUGUUCUCUAAAACACAGUACAGAGCAAAGGAAAUCACUCCUCGGGUGGAGGCGAUAGAGAAGCGUUGUCUGGAGUUAUUUGCCAGAGAUUACAAGUACAGUGUCAUCCACAACUCCAAUGGAGAAGUGUGUGGCCAUUACCCUCGGCAGAUAGUUUUCCUGGAGUAUGAAUGUACAGAUGGCGAGACUGACAGGUUUGAGAGCACAGUACAGAUCAGUAAGCUGCAAGACCUAGUGAACCGUAGUAAGUUGGCCCGCUGCAGAGGGAGGUUCGUCUGUCCCGUCAUCCUCUACAAUGGCAAGCAUAUUUGCCGGUCGUCCACUCUAGCAGGCUGGGGGGAGCUGUAUGGACGCACAGGCUACAACUACAUCUUCUCAGGAGGCAGUGAUGACACAUGGACAGAGUCAGAGGAGGUUCCAGAGGAUGACAGUGCAGUCAGGAAUGGUGACUCCCAGCUCUUUGAUAAGGUUCGAGGCCAUGACAUUAAGCUGCUACGUUACCUCUCGGUUCGCUACAUCUGUGACCUGAUGGUGGAGAACAAGAAGGUUAAGUUUGGCCUAAAUGUGACAUCCUCUGAAAAGGCGGACAAGGCCCAACGCUACGCAGACUUCACUUUGCUUUCUGUGCCUUAUCCAGGGUGUGAAUUUUUUAAGGACUACAAAGACAGAGACUACACAGCCGAAGGUCUGGUGUUCAAUUGGAAUCAGGACUAUGUGGAUGCUCCUUUGACAAUCCCUGUGUGCUUUACUCAUAACUUGAAUAUUGACUGGACUCAAUACCAGUCAUGGGACCUGGUGGAGCAGACCCAGAACUACCUGAAGCUGCUGCUUCACAUCAUCAACAAUGAUGAUGAGAGUGGCCUCCUGGUGCACUGCAUAUCAGGCUGGGACAGGACACCUCUGUUUGUGUCCCUCCUCAGGCUUUCCCUGUGGGCAGAUGGCGCAGUGCACGCCAGCCUGGAGCCAGCCGAGAUCCUUUAUCUGACCAUCAGUUAUGACUGGUUCCUCUUUGGUCACAUGCUGCCAGAUCGACUCUCCAAAGGGGAGGAGAUUUUCUUUUUUUGCUUCAAUUUUUUGAAGCACAUUGUCUCAGAGAAGUUCUCUGCUAUUAAGAAACAGAGAAGGAAGAACUCCCACUUCAAAGACAGUGAUUUCACUGUCGAGGACCUCUGCCAGUUAAAGUCAAGGGAUCGUGGCAGUGUGACCAGUUUGAGCAGCGAGUUCUCCCUUAUUACUGAGGAGGUGGGCCCAACCUACAGUCUCACUAAUGAUACUGUGGACCUGUUCUCCAGCCAACCCCAGGCCUCCACCUGGAAAAGAGGCACCACCUCCUCCCCUCAGAUGGUUGUUUGGAAUAAGCAGAACCCUAUGGACGAGCACCUCUCCCAUCCCCUUAAUGAGGCCAGGUCUUCCAGCUCCUCCUCUUCCAACCAAUCAGAACACGCUGUUACACGCACUGGCAGCAGCCCAUUGGCUGUCCCCGGGAGAAGGUUGGCAGCAGAGUACAGUCGAUCAGGUUCCUCCCUCUCUACAGAGUAUGGGAGUUGGCAGAUAGUUUCUGGUUGUGGUAGUAUCCAUGACCAUGCACCCUUCCCCCUACCCGUGGCCUCAGCCUCCUCCACCUCUUCUGCUGUUGCUGCUGCCUAUGAUUCGCACCUGCCCUUCAGUUUUAAGGAUGAUGGGCCAAGUGGACGAAUGUGUCCCUUACCCUCUGAGCGUCAGGUCCGUCUGGAGGCAGUGCGGGAAGUCUUCCUGGCAGCCUACAGCUCCACUGUGGGCCUUAAGUCUUCAGCGCCCAGCCCCUCUGGCGCUAUCUCUGGGCUUCUGGAACAGUUUGCCCGUGGGGUCGGCCUUCGAGGCACCAAUGCCAUUAUUUGAGCCCUCUCAAUGUGACCUUGGACCCUCCCUCUGCUUCCAUCCAUCCACAGUUGAUUCAACAUGGACUAAGUACAAGUGCCAAAUAUCUCUGCUCAUUUCAGGGAUGAAGCAUUCUUUUUUUUGUUGUUGUUGUUGCUGAAUUUUAUGAACUUUUAAUCUUUCAUGUUGAGUUGAUCUGUCACGUUUGGGAAGGGAAAUGUUUUCAGCCACUGUAUCAAAAAGGGAUAGUUAGAGGUCUUUCUAGCUGCUUACAUGUAAAUGGCUGAGAGUAUGGGGUCUGUACCUGUCACUGGCAGAAUAUAAAGAAUUCUUCCUUCCUC